CAUGCUUCGUUCCUGCACGGCCUCGUUCCUGAUCCUGAAUCCCUGUGUACCAACCUCUGCCUGUCCUCCGACCAACCCUGUAUGGCUCCGUUCCACAUCGUACAUGGUUACCCUCCCUCUCUGUUUCCAUCUGUGGCCGCCGACUCCGCGGUGCUAUCUGCAUUGGCACUAGUGAGACGCUGCAAGCGGACCUGGGAACUAGCCCGAAAGACGCAACUACGCAUGGGUAGCUCCUACAAAUCCGCGGCAGACCUCAAGAGAAGGGCACCAGCGUUUAAGGUGGGACAACGCAUAUGGCUGUCCACAAAGGAUCUUCUGCUGCGGACGGAGUCAUGUAAGCUAGCUCCCAGGUUCGUGGGUCCCUUUCCCAUCACCAAGAUCGUUAACCCUGUCGCUGUUUCUUUAAAGCUUCCCAGAUCGAUGAGGGUUCAUCCCACGUUCCAUGUAAGCUGGCUUCGAUCAACUCGUCCAUCGCCAUUAGUCCCCCCCCAACCAAGCAGCUCCCCCACCCCACCCCCCAUGAUCGAUGGAGGUUCAAUGUACUCGGUACGCCGGCUUCUAUCAUCCCGUCAUAGAGGGAGGGGGUUCAAUACCUGGUGGAUUGGGAAGGGUAUGGCCCAGAAGAACGUUCCUGGAUCCCGUCCCGUUUUAUUGUGGACCCCAGCCCUAUCAGAGACUUCCACGCAUCCCAUCCUGAGGCUCCUGAACAGUAUGGAGCCAGCCGUUAAGGGGCGGGGGUACUGCCAUGGUCCUGCCGGUCCCAGCCCUGGCAGUCCAGAUCCCCUGCACGCCUGCGCCUUAUCAUGGACAAUAACCGCAGUAUAUAUAGGACCUGGCGGAUGGUCUGGCUUUGACAGAUCGUUGGCAUCCAUGCUUCGUUCCCGCACUUCCUUGUUCCUGAUCCUGAAGCCCUGUGUACCGACCUCCGCCUGUCCUCCGACCAACCCAGUAAGCUUGACGCUCUUGAUUACUGCUGCUCACUCUGACUGACUGUGCGCCUUACGACCUUGGAAUGAAUAAAGAUCUUCCUUUAACUGCCUCCCUAUCUACCGAGUCGUGCAAUUGAGUCUGCCCUUGCGUUCUGGUUAUGAGACUGUCCUGAAACAAGUCCCAACAUUAACCCAACAUUUAUAUUUUUGGAAUGUCUGAGGAAGUAUCUGGAGAGACCCCAUCCUAGCAUGGCGACAAUGUACAAACUCAGCCAGUUAGGAAGAGAUUAAAUCCGAGAACCUCUCAAGUUUGUGUCAGACGUGCUGACCACGUUUCACUGUACCAUUUCCUUCAAACACUGUGGUAUUUCCUUGUUAAAAGAAUUCAUAGUAAUCUGUUGUGAAAUCAUAACACUACUGUUUUUGGAUGUUUUAAGUCUGUCUGUCUUUGACUUGCACAGAAGCAAACCGAUUCUGUUUAUCAAAUGGGUGUCCAAAUGAUCAUCAGGAAAUAUUUGAGCAAUUCUGUUGACCUCUGACCUGUUGUAAUUUUUUAUAACUGUUAGGGAAACUUGCAGUUUUGUAUUUUACUACUCUCAUUGCUACAGUGUAAGUACAAAGCAUUUUCCAGGUUGAUUUGAAAUUAACUACAGUGGGACCUCUUAGGUCAAGCAAUCCAUUUAAUGGCAUAACUCGAUCUUUGCGAUUGGGAAAUAAUUCAUCCAUCCAUCCACCUAUUUUCCAUUCCACUUAUCCUCAUAAA